UGGCCUGAGCGAGCUGCGGGUGGGCGGCGGGGCCAUGAACCUUGGAGAUGGUUUAAAGCUUGAAACUGAAUUAUUGGAUGGAAAAACCAAGCUAAUACUGUCUCCAUAUGAGCAUAAAUCAAAAGUUUCUGUGAAGAUGGGAAAUAAGAUCAAGAUCGCAAAAUGUCCUUUAAGAACAAAACAGACUGGACAUACUUUAAAAUCAACACAAAAUACUUAUGUUGGGAGUGAAAACCUUUCUCAAAAGAAGAUCUCUACUUCAGACACUACGAAAGCAAAACCUGAAAACAGUAGAUUGACAUUUUCACCCAAUACGGAUUUAUGUAAACAGUAUUCAGAAAAAGACAGUCUCCGAGUUCAAAAGGUGAUUUCACCUAGAAGCUCUAAUAUACGGAAGAUUAUAGACAGUACAGAUACCUGUCCAGCUGGUAAACAGAAGCCGUACAAAGAGCACAGCCCAGCAGGGAACAUGAGCAGCAGUGUGGUGUGUCUCACACAAGACCAGCUUCGGCAGAUCUUGAUGCUGAGUAUGAGCCAGGGAAAUGGAGCUGCGUCCCUCACUGAGAAUGAGGAGGAGGAAGCAAGUCAAGAUAGUUUACAUUUAAUCAAUAUUCCUAGUCAGCCAAAGGAUGUGAAUGUCACAGGAUUACUGCAAAAAAUGGAGGCCGUUUCCCCUGUGGCAAGUGAAAAUGAGCAUGACCACCGGAGAGCUCAAGAGGCAUUUCAGAAAGCUGCCGUAGAGAAUGAAUGGAGACCAGCUGACAUAUUCAGUACCCUGGGGGAAAGGGAACGUGAUAGAGGUUUGUUGGAAGCAAGAAGAGCCCAGUGGAAAAAAGAGCUAGAUGAACAGGUUGCUUUAAAGAAGAAAGAAAAAGAAGCUUCUCAAAAAUGGAAUAAUUCUUGGAAACCAUCUGAGAAGUUUCAAGUCCUUGACCAAUCUAAGGAAGCAGGACUGCUGGAGUCCCCUUGCCGCACCAUUCAACAGGAGCAGCAGAGAAAAUGGAUUGAAGAGUUGAAUAAACAAGUAGAAGAGGACCAGCAAAGGAAAGCAGAGGAAAGAAUGAUAUGUUCACAGGGUGAGGAACAUGACAGAUGGGCAAUGCAUUUUGAUUCAUUAAAGAGUCAUCCUGCUUCUCAGUCUCGACUGUCCUCUCAGUUAACACACCAACACCUGGAGUCGCUUUGUGUGUCUCCUGACACUCAGGAACUGGCUGAUGUCAAUGGUGCUUACACACCUCUGCCUGGAGUCCAGGUGGAGCCUUCAGAGAAAGAACAAAGAGCCAGACCCAUUAUAGAUAUGGCAGUUUCACAUGGUCAGAAAACAAACUUUCUCCGUUCUAUGACUGCACUCUUAGAUCCAGCACAGAUUGAGGAGCGGGAAAGACGCCGACAAAAACAGUUAGAACAUCAGAAAGCAAUCACGGCUCAGGUAGAGGAGAACCGCAGGAAAAAACGGCUGGAGGAAGAACAAAGAAAGAAGGAGGAGCAGGAAGAGGAGCUGCGCUUGGCAAGGGAACGGGAGGAGAUGCAGAGGCAGUAUGAAGAGGACAUUCUUAAGCAGAAACAGAAAGAAGAAACAAUGGCUCUGAAGACAAAUGAGCUAUUCCACACAAUGCAGCGAGCUCAGGAGUUGGCACAGAGGCUCAAACAGGAGCAGAGGAUCCGAGAACUGACUCAGAAAGGACACGAUGCAUCCAGGCUGAUUCAAAAUCUCAGUGCACAAGUGAAUUAUAAGGCACCCACUACCGUCUCCAGUUCCCGCAGUGACACUGAGGAGGCUGCUGUUGAAACAUGCACAGCUGCUGCUUCAACAACCUCUCCCAAGAAAGACACCGGUGUUCAGACAGAUGAUGUAAAUUUAGGAAUUUUCAAUGAUGCACUACCACACUGUGGAUCAGUAACUGGAUCAGUAACGGAGAGGAGUAUUAGAGACUUUUCUUCUCCAGAGAUUUCUACAGAAUUCAGUGGACAGAUUGGCAUUAGAAAAGAGAAGCAAGAACUAAGUAUGGAUAAAGGCACUAAUUUAGACAAAGAAAACAGCUGGCAUAAUGGCCAGUAUAAUCAGUAUAGAACAGAGAAACAAACAAAACUCAUGAAGAAAUGUCCCAAGAAGCCUGCUUGGAAUAUAAAUAAGCCUCUCAAAAGGUAUGUUCCUGCAUCAGCAAAGUACCCUGCACAUCUCCAGAAGGAGAAAGAAGAAAAAAAGGUAAGAAGGCAGAUGGAGCUGCUUCACUUAAUGGAGAGAAAUAAUCCUGAGAAUCUCUCCCAAAAUAGAGGCACUUCACCACACGUUUUUGCUUCAUCUCAUCGAGAAACUGAGUCAGAGAGCAGGUUGCAUCUUAACAAAAAGGUAGAAGAACCUCUGAAAACUCCUUCAGUUAGUAAAGAAAGGUUUCAGACAUCACCAGCAGUAAAAAGCAGAACUCAACAAACUCAGAGUAAUGUAUUACACUUACCGCUAAAAAAUAGUGACUAUGAAAAACAGACUCUGACCUUAGGAGAUGGUCAUACUAAAUUAUCAGAUGAAAUGUCUGAGCCAUCCCAUUUUAUUCCCUACGUUCGAACAAAUGAGAUCUAUUACCUUGAUCCAGAUGCACCCUUGUCUAGGCCUUCAACCCAGGACAACCAAUACCAAAAAUCUCAUGAUUGUGCCCGAGAACAAGAGCUAUUUGACUCUGACCAUAUCAGGGAUCCACUUCUUAAUCCUAAAUUGGUGAAAAACAGAGACCGACAGCAAGCUAUCCUUAAGGGGCUUUCAGAACUAAGACAGGGUCUUCUCCAGAAACAAAAGGAGUUGGAAACGAAUCUCAUACCCUUAACUGCAAACCAAGAAGAUAAUUUUAGUUCUUUGUUUUAAAUAUGCUCACCAUGCAACAGCAUUCUUCAAGCACCCAAUGAAAAACUACACAUUAUGUAGUGAAAUGAUGUGUUUUCUAAAUACAAUAAAAAAAGUUUAUAGUUAAAAAAAAAAAAUCUCUGUUGUAUUAGGGUGUAAAAGUACUUUCUACUUACCACAGUAGAAUCUGGAGAUUCCUGACCUGUUAACAGCAUUGUUCUUUUAGGGUAUGAAAAGUACUAUUAACACAAAGAUAGACUCUUACUCAAAUAAUACAAAUUCAUUUCACUCUAGUUUUUCUUUUCUGUAAAAUUUGGUUUUUAUCAUAUUAAAGUGGAGAUUCUAGUUUUCACAAUUUUGAAGUUAGCAUGAGUAACAGGCAAGAGAUGAGGGUUUAAAAAUCUAUUUCCACCAUAUACUUUUUGUAUUUAGUGUAGCACUAAAGUGCCACCUAGUUCUAAUUAAAAUCACUUCAAGAUGUGUUCCAAAUUAUCCAUUAUUAUUGAAAACAGAAGCCCCAUUUUAAAAAGUUCAUUAACUAAAGGAUCACACAAAAUAGAAUUUAUCAAAGAUCUCGAAAAGUUGACCAAAAUUUAAAUGAAGCAAAUCUUUCCAUAGCUAAAACUAAAGAUUGAGAAAAUGCUACUUGGUAUUAUGUACAUAGGCUUACUACCUGAAAUGCAACUGUACUGUUAGGUAUAGUUUGAGGUACUGAGCCAAAAUCCUAUAAAUAUUUACACUGCUGGCUUAUACCUGUGUAAAAACACUAUACAAAAGCUUUAAUCAAAAUAAAUAGUUGACAUUUCAGCAAAAUUAGUUAUCAUCUGACAUUAAAGAAAGUCAUUACUAUUUACCAUUCUUUUAUAAACAUCAAAUUUUACAUAUAAAACAGACUUCAAUUUGAAGCCCAAGUACAGGUAACAGAUGUAAAACUGAAAGGUGCUAACAUGAGAUAAUCUGAUAACAAUAUGUCAAAAAAUAUAUUUCAAUUUUCAGAUGUUUCAAAUGUUUUAGGGCCAUCAUGAUUUAAAUAAAUGGGAAAGAAAAAAAUUUCAGAAAGGCCAAGAAACUUGUUUAUAAAUCAUCAAUUCACUGUUAAGAAACUGAAAAGUCCACAACAACCUAUUUUUUAAAUUACUAUAAUUUCUCUUUGAACACAUCCUUAAUUUAAUGGAGAUUUCUCUGUAUCCAAGUUUUUGUAAGCAGAUAAAAAGUAAUUUUCAUUUUCUUGAGACUGAGUUGAUGAAAGGGCAUAUGGCGUUCCCAGAAACGUCUGAUGUGUGAGAACAUUAAAAUGGCUAAACUGAUGGGACAUUUUUAAUUGAUUUUGGUAAGCCUGAAAGUCACUAUACGAAUCUUGUUCUGCUGAAUUGCUGUUCUCUCCUUCAGAGCAUACUCUAUCAAUAGGAGCUCUCUCUUCACAAUCAAUUAAAUAAGUCUUAUCUUCUAAUAAACUGUUUUGCACAUCAAGAGAUGACUGCAAUUCAAUUUGAAUAUUCUUUUUUUGAUCUGUUCCACUUGAUCCUUUGGUCUCUCUCGCCAAUAUUUCUGAAUGAACAUUGCUGAAUACUUCUAUAUGUGAGAUUUCAUCCCCUGAAUCCAGAGACAUAUCCUCUUCAUCCUUUUCAUCGUUUUCUAAAAGAGCUACAUUUAAAAAACAAAAAGCCCUUCUCUAUUGUAAUACACAAUUUGUUUAGUUAUUAAUUAUACACUACUCACACAAUAUAGUGCGUCAGGAUCUGCAAAGUCCACAAUCCCUUAAAGCUUGGUCUUCUGCCACAAGGUCACUUAGUCACAACACUCACACUAGGUGUGAGUGUCCAGAUAAUCCGAUGCUAAAAGCUUCUGCGAAAUGUGUUCACGUUUAAUGUUGGGAAAUCCCAACUCCCAGCUCCAAAGGGGUUAAUGUCAAAACAGCAUCUAAAGUUAUACGGUAAUUCAGUAUUUCAUAAAACAAAUAUGAAAUAAAACUUCUGACAUGUAGCUGCACUGAAUUACUAAACUGGUUAGCUCUACUGAAUGCUUAGUAAUCUCUGCUUUUCACCAUGAAUAAUUUAAGAACAGCUUUUAUUUUAAAGUCUGGAACCAAGCAGAGGCCAUCUCACAGAAGACUGAAGGUAAGAUAUUCUCAUUACUUAAGAUAUUAAACAAGCACAUACAUCUAAAGACCUUUGUAGCCCAACAAUCCCUCUAUCUGGCUUAAGGAAAACUCACAGCAAACAGCAGGCAAUAAAGCUUAUAUAAGUAUAUGCUGUCCACAGUAUAGACUAAUGAAUAUUUAGCCUAUACAGUAACAAACAAUUUGUACUAACUAUGGUAUAAUAAAUGAGCAGAUCUUGUACAUACUAAGUUCUACAUGAUGUCUAUUGUUGACACUGAGGUAAAUGGUUUCAAAUAAAUAUUUUAUUAUUGGAUAAACAAAACCAUUCCUCAUUCUGCGUCACCUAAAGAAAAUGAAAACUACUGAAAAGUUACCUGACUGCGACUCAAGAUUCUCAUUAGCACCAAGCAGCGGCUGAAGAUUUUCUUCUGUGACUGAGUUGUGAUAGCCCACAAGACUUGUAAAGUUUUGCAUAAAGUCUUCAGCACUUGCAACUACAAUUCCAUUAUCUGUAUAACUGGAAACCAUCUUAAUAUUCUUCUCUAAAUUAAAAAAGGAAAAUGUACAUAAA